UGCAGCAGAUCGUCAAACUUGAAAGCUUCUCAAGCACUCUUUGAAAGCUUUUAAAAACUGUUUUUUUUCAUCGCCAAUAUCUGUAAAUUCAAUAUUUUGGGUCAUCAAUGGAGGAAGAAAACGAUGCUUUUUACGUUGUCCAGAAGGGUGACGUUAUCGGCAUUUACAAAACUUUAAGGGAUUUAGUACCAGAAUCUGGAAUUUCAGCACAUGAUCCUUCCAUGAGGGUUUAUAAAGGAUAUGGUCUCUCAAAGCAGGCUGAGGUGUACCUUGGUUCAUGUGGGCUGAAAAAUGCUGCCUAUUCCAUAAGUGCCUCUGAUGUUAAUGAUAAUACCUUUGGCAAACUUGUUCCUUGCCCUCCUCAGCAACCAACUUCUUCCAGGGGAAAUACAACCAACAGGGAUGCUUCACCAAAUAGAUUGCGGCAACAAGUACUUGGAAAGGGUCAGGUUGGACCAUCCUCUCUUUCCACUAAUCCUGGAAUAAAUCACAUGAACUUCACUAAUCAAACUGAAACUCAAAUGGCGGCCUCAAAUUCUCCAUACUGUAUUGUUGAGUUUGAUGGUGCCUCUAAAGGAAAUCCUGGACCAGCUGGUGCAGGAGCAGUUUUACGAGCUGAAGAUGGAAGAGUGGUGUGUCGAUUGUGUGAAGGCGUUGGCAUUGCUACAAACAAUGUGGCUGAAUAUCGAGCUGCCAUUUUGGGGAUGAAAUAUGCUCUCAGAAUGGGGUUCAAACACAUUCGUGUAAAAGGAGAUUCUAACCUCGUCUGUAUGCAGGUUCAAGGUUCGUGGAAAAUUAAAAGUCAGAAUUUGAUCGAGUUAAAUAAAAUGGCAAAGGAUCUUAAGGUUAAGUUUAUGUCAUUCCAGAUCAAUCAUAUUGGCAGGGAAUUUAACUCCGAAGCUGAUGCUCUCGCAAACCAAGCUGUUAAUCUCAUGAAUUGAUUCCGCUGCACUUGCAGAUGGUCAAGUUCAAGAGGACUGGAUCAUGAAGUAAAACCUGAAUUUAGGCCAACUCCGAGGAGGAUGUGUAAGACUCUAGGCCUUAACUGGUUCACUGGCACAUAUGACACCAUCCUGCCU